CACAUUAUCGGUUUCAUCUGCUAAGCCAAGAAACGCUCGCCAGUUUCAUCCAACUCUGGUUCGGUUGCUGAUCGUCGCCGUUAAGCCAUUCGUCGUUUCUUCAAUCUAUCUUCCCUCUUUGAUAGAUUCACAGAGAGCGAGAGGCAGAGCUAGAGAUGAAGGGACAAGGGUUUUGGUUCGAUAAAGGCAGGAGGAAGAGGUUAGGGUUUAGAAUCGUCGGCUUAGUGCUGUGCAUUAUCAUAUGCGAAUCGAUCCUGCAAGUGAGUGGUUCCGUUCACGAGUACUGGAGCGAGGCCUUUACUACUCAGUCCAAUGCUUUCUUCUUCCAUGGAGGCAGCGAGGGCCUCUUCGCUUCCACUGCUCCCGAUUCUUCUCCUUCUGAUAAUCCGUACAAGGGCAAGUCCUUCAUCAGAUUUGAAGAUCUGAAAUUUACAAGAACAAAAGAGUCCAGUGAUAAACAGAAUAAAAUGCAGAGUCGGACUGGAUUGGUUGAAGCUAUUAUAGUUGAGGUAAAAGAUAGGGAAAGGAUUGGAGGUGCUUUCCUAAAAUCUGAUGAUAUAUGUUGCACCCCUGAACUCCACGCGGAAGGAUCCUGCAAAGUAGGAGAGGUUAUUAUUCACAAAAACCUAGAGAAUGAUGAGUGGCCAAAACGCAUUCAAACGUUCUUCGAAGGAACAAGUCAAGUAGCUAAGAUGGAACCUCGGACUGUCCAAAUAAAUAAUACUGGAAUGUACUAUCUCUAUUUCAUGUUUUGUGAUCCACAACUAAAGGGCACAGUAAUUCAGGGUAGAACCGUGUGGAGAAACCCUGGAGGUUAUUUACCUGGGAAGAUGGUCCCUUUGAUGACUUUCUAUGGCAUUGUAUCAUUAGCUUAUCUUGUUCUUGGCCUAAUAUGGUUUUUGCGGUUUGUUCAGUUCUGGAAGGAUAUUAUACAAUUGCACUACCACAUUACAGCAGUGAUUGCUCUUGGAAUGUGUGAAACAGCUCUCUGGUACUUUGAGUAUGCAAAUUUAAAUGCAACUGGAAGCAGGCCAAUGGGGAUCACAUUAUGGGCAGUGACAAUUAGUGCUAUUAAAAAGACUCUAUCUCGCUUGCUCCUUUUGGUGGUUUCAAUGGGCUAUGGUGUGGUAAAACCUACCCUUGGAGGUGUAACAUCAAAAGUUCUUCUUCUUGGUGUAAUAUAUUUUGUUGCUUCAGAGGCACUUGAGCUUGUUGAACAUUUGGGGAAUGUAAAUGACUUCUCUGGAAAAGCUAAGAUAUAUUUGGUGCUUCCUGUUGCUUUCUUGGAUGCUUGGUUCAUAUUGUGGAUUUUCUCAUCAUUAUCAAAAACACUAGAAAAGCUGCAGAUGCGAAGAAGCAUGGCCAAGCUUGAGCUCUAUCGGAAGUUUACCAAUUCCCUUGCAGUGUUUGUUCUGCUUUCCAUUGCCUGGAUUGGCUAUGAGCUGUACUUCAAUGCAAGUGAUCCAUUAAGCGAGCUGUGGCGAAUUGCCUGGAUAAUUCCAGCUUUCUGGACUUUGCUUGCUUUCUCACUGUUGGUGGUGAUUUGCAUUCUUUGGGCUCCUUCAAGUAACCCAACCAGGUAUGCAUAUGCAGGAGAGACGGGAGAUGACUUUGACGAGGAGGCCAUCGCCCUUACAACUGCGGUUAAGGGAGCUGCUGUAACAGAUCAUGCAAUUGUUCUGAGGGAAGAGCUCGAGGAGGACAAGCGAGAGUAACUGUACAACGGGAAGAUCUUGAGCAGUAUAAGCGAGAGUAAUGGUUAAACUCUGCUUCUGAAAAGGUGCAGUGCCUAUUCAAGCUCCCGUUGCUGGUAUAUAGCAUAUUUUCCUUUUGCCCAUUGUUAUGCAAUCCUUGUUGCCUGUACAAAAACUGUAUUAAGUGUAUACACUGACCAACUGGAAUCAGCCGUAAUUAUAUCAGCACAUCUGUAAUCUUCUAACCACCUUUCUAUAAGCAAUGAGAGGAGUUAUACUAAUGUUUGAGCUCUUACAUGUGGAAGCUCAUUUACUGGA